UCGGCUGUUUUGUCAGCCUGCGCGUUUUCUUUCAUUGUGACAUUGUCGCCGGGGGAGCGCGCGCCCGCUCGCCCGCCCCCUCGCGCGUUCACGCUGCAUCAGUGACAGCGAGCCGUUCUGCAGAAAUGGCGUAGGAGCGCGCGCUUGGAGCUGCUCUCACAUGCAGUCGGGUGGCUGUGGCACAUCGUGACAAACAAUAUAGACGUUUUAAAUUAAUCGGGACUUUAAUAUUUAUUAGGCUCCGUCGUUGCGUCUCCUAUUUUGCCUGCUGGAUCUGCGCCGGCCGUUCGCUGCGAGAGACGAUGGGUUUGCCCGCCCUGGAGUUCAGCGACUGCUACUUGGACAGCCCGCAGUUCCGAGAGAGGCUCAAGUCCCACGAGCUGGAGCUGGAGAAAACCAACAAGUUCAUCAAGGAGCUCAUCAAAGAUGGCAAGACGCUCAUCCAGGCGCUCAGAAGUCUCUCCACUGCGAAGCGGAAGUUCGCCGAGUCCCUCAAUCAGUUCAAGUUCCAGUGCAUUGGAGAUGCAGAAACAGAUGAUGAAAUGUGCAUCGCGAAGUCCCUGCAGGAAUUCGCUGCUGUUCUGAAGAACAUGGAAGACGAGAGGUCGAGGAUGGUUGAAAAUGCGAGCGAGGUUCUGAUCACACCGCUGGAAAAGUUCCGGAAAGAGCAGAUCGGUGCAGCCAAGGAGGCCAAAAAGAAAUACGACAAAGAGACCGAGAAGUACUGCGGGUUUCUGGAAAAGCACCUGAGUCUGUCGUCGAAGAAGAAAGAGUCUCAGCUGAUUGAGGCCGAUUCCCAGGUGGACCAGGUGCGGCAGCACUUCUACGAGGUCUCCCUGGAGUACGUCUUCAAAGUGCAGGAGGUGCAGGAGCGCAAGAUGUUUGAGUUCGUGGAGCCGUUGCUGGCGUUCCUUCAAGGACUCUUCACUUAUUACCACCACGGCUAUGACUUGGCCAAGGACUUCAGCCACUUCAAGACCAAUCUCACAAUCAGCAUUCAGAAUACGAGGAACCGCUUCGAGAGCACGCGAGCGGAGGUGGAGAGCCUCAUGGAGAAGAUGAAGGAGAACCCGCAUGAGCACAAGAACGUCAGCCCCCACACCAUGGAGGGGUACCUGUUUGUGCAGGAGAAGCGUUCCUUCGUGUCCACUUGGGUCAAGUACUAUUGCACCUACCAGCGGGAGUCCAGGCGGGUCACCAUGGUGCCCUUUGACCAGAAGUCUGGAGGCAAAGCUGGAGAGGAGGAUGUUUUCACGCUCAAGUCCUGCACGCGGAGGAAGACGGAGUCCAUCGAGAAGAGGUUCUGCCUCGACCUUGAGGCAGUUGAUCGGUCCGGGGUGAUCACCAUGCAGGCCUUGUCGGAGGAGGACCGGAGGUUGUGGAUGGAGGCCAUGGAUGGACGGGAGCCGGUCUAUAACUCAAACAAGGACAGCCAGACUGAUGGAAUGGCUCAGCUGGAUGUCAUAGGCUUCAACAUCAUCAAGAAGUUCAUCCAUGCCGUAGAAACCAGAGGAAUUGACGAGCAGGGCCUCUACAGAAUCGUGGGAGUCAAUUCCAGGGUGCAGAAACUAUUGAGCCUUGCCAUGGAUCCAAAAACAUGUGCAGAUGUUGAGCUGGACAAUUCCGAGUGGGAAAUCAAGACCAUCACCAGCGCGCUCAAGUACUAUCUCAGAAUGCUGCCCACCCCACUCAUGACCUACCAGUUACAGCGCAACUUCAUCCAAGCAGCGAAGCUGGACAACCCUGAGGCCCGCAUCCUGGAGGUCCAGAGCCUCGUGCAUCGCCUGCCAGAGAAGAACCGCCAAAUGCUGGAGCUGCUCAUGAAGCACUUGGCUAACGUGGCAAGUCACCAUCAGGAGAACCUGAUGACAGUGGCUAACCUGGGCGUGGUCUUCGGCCCUACCCUGCUGCGCCCCCAGGAGGAGACGGUGGCCGCCAUCAUGGACAUCAAGUUCCAGAAUGUCGUGGUUGAAAUCCUCAUCGAGAACCACGAAAGGAUUUUCAAUGAGUUACCCGUACCUGGAGAGGGGCAGCAAAACCCCAGCCUACCUUGGAAGAGGAGCGCAGAGAAUAAGACCCCCUCCUGCAGCGAAAGGCCCCUCACCCUCUUCCACAUGCCUCAGUCUACUGAAAAAGAGAGGAAGAACAGCAGUGCUCAGGACUCCUGCGACGACUCCUCCCUGCCCCAGACCUCAAGCCACGUCGGCAACGUGACCAUCAACGAGACCAUCAACGAGACCCCGGACACGGAGGGGCUUCCGCCGGGGAAGCAAGCGCGACCCAGUUCGCUGCUGACCCCUAAGGAUCAUUCCAGUGACCCAGCAAGUGCCCCAUCUCACGGUGCUGCAUCUUCGCCCAGCUUCAUUUCCCCACGGUCACCUUCCUGGCCCAUGUUCUCUGCCCCCUCCAGCCCCCAGGUGGACUCCUGCACCUCCAGUGACCCCUCCUCAGUGAGUUCCAGCGGACGGAAGGCGCGGGCGCUCUACGCCUGCAAGGCGGAACAUGAGUCGGAGCUCUCCUUCAGCACAGGCGCCAUGUUUGAAAACGUGCAUCCAUCACGGGAACCCGGCUGGCUGGAGGGAAGUCUGGAUGGCCGAACAGGGUUGAUCCCAGAGAACUACGUUGAAUUCUUAUAGCUCUUCCGUACCUUCAUGUGAGAAGCAGCUUUGAAAAACCUCCCCGGCAGGAAAGCCAGGCAUCCGGGAGCCAUGGAAUGGACGUGUGUGUGUGUGUGUGUGUGUGUACUGCAAUUGGAGGAAGAAGAGCUCAUGGUGUUUGAGGUCCCAGUUCUUCCACUCAGGCCUUUGAGUCCACAUCAGCUGAGCUUCCGAACAGCUGGUACGAAAGGCAUAAAAAGAACAUUUGUUACACAGACACUCACUUUAGAUAGAUUUUCAGCACAUGGUCAAGUACAAAUACACUGUCCCCCCUGAACAGGACUCCCACUUUCCCACUGCCACAGAUUAUUAAUUAUAAUUAUUACUGUUAUUGUCUAAGAAGGUAGACAAGCUACUGAUUGGUAUCCCUGAACAGCCAAGUGAAAAAGGACAUCCCUGCAAUUAAACAUCAAAUUUGAAACGUCGAUGUGCACUGGUAGGGGUGGAAAAGUAUUUAUUGUAAAUCUCUAACUUCAUGUGAAUUAAAUUGUGUUUUUGGUGAAAAGUGAGUAACUACUUGAUGAAGGCAUUAAAUUUUUCCCCAUGUAUGUCAAUGGAAGCAGGAUUUUCCCGUACGGAUUGCAUCAGUAGGAUUUGCGUAAUGGGGAUGGGUGUGUUUUACCAUGCUGUGUUAACUUGGGGUGCCUCCGUUUACUCCCUUGCUCUGCCCCCUGCCCCUCCAACAUCGGACGGGCGCUAGUAGGAAGGAGGGGGCUUUUCUACUCGUCUUAAGAUGACAGUGUUUAGGCAGAAAAGAUCGAACAGGACCUCCGUUUACACAUCACCUGAGCUUUGUAAUUUUUUUUCUUGUUUGUAAUUACUUUUGUUUGCUAAA